AUGUAUGUGGAGACGCUGGAGCAGAGUGGGACCUCCUCACUGCAUGACCAUGAGGAGCAGAGUGGGACCUCCUCACUGCAUGAGCAUGUGGAGCAGAGUGGGACCUCCUCACUGCAUGACCAUGAGGAGCAGAGUGGGAUCUCCUCACUGCAUGACCAUGAGGAGCAGAGUGGGACCUCCUCACUGCAUGACCAUGAGGAGCAGAGUGGGACCUCCUCACUGUAUGAACAUGUGGAGCAGAGUGGGACCUCCUCACUGCAUGACCAUGAGGAGCAGAGUGGGACCUCCUCACUGUAUGAACAUGAGGAGCAGAGUGGGACCUCCUCACUGCAUGACCAUGUGGAGACGCUGGAGCAGAGUGGGACCUCCUCACUGCAUGACCAUAAGGAGCAGAGUGGGACCUCCUCACUGCAUGACCAUGUGGAGACGCUGGAGCAGAGUGGGACCUCCUCAUUGUAUGAACAUGAGGAGCAGAGUGGGACCUCCUCACUGCAUGACCAUGUGGAGCAGAGUGGGACCUCCUCACUGCAUGACCAUGUGGAGCAGAGUGGGACCUCCUCACUGCAUGACCAUGAGGAGCAGAGUGGGACCUCCUCACUGCAUGACCAUGAGGAGCAGAGUGGGACCUCCUCACUGCAUGACCAUGUGGAGCAGAGUGGGACCUCCUCACUGCAUGACCAUGAGGAGCAGAGUGGGACCUCCUCACUGCAUGACCAUGUGGAGCAGAGUGGGACCUCCUCACUGCAUGACCAUGUGGAGCAGAGUGGGACCUCCUCACUGCAUGACCAUGAGGAGCAGAGUGGGACCUCCUCACUGCAUGACCAUGAGGAGCAGAGUGGGACCUCCUCACUGCAUGACCAUGUGGAGCAGAGUGGGACCUCCUCACUGCAUGACCAUGAGGAGCAGAGUGGGACCUCCUCACUGCAUGACCAUGAGGAGCAGAGUGGGACCUCCUCACUGCAUGACCAUGAGGAGCAGAGUGGGACCUCCUCACUGCACAGUGAUGGCUCCUGCUCGGACACAGUGUACUCUCUCAGGAACAGUACUUUUUCCAGAUAA